CGUACCGUGGUCAAUCGGGACGCUCCCGUUGCAAAGCAGUUUUCUCUGCUGAACGCAACCAUUGUUUGAAAAUGAAAAAAUUGAUAUCGCCGUUCAGUCCUAAAAUUGGAUUUUUACUUAUUGUAUCAUUUCUUUUUAACCUCACAAGCCAAGACGAAGUUCUGUCCAAAGUUCAAACUCCAUUUAGCUAAGACUAACCUAUUAAAUGUAACUCAUCAAUAGAUAUGUCAAUCAGAAUUAUAUAGCUCAAAUGACACUAUUUGAUAUCUGUCGAAAGUUAUAUGUGAUAUAAGAAGAUAUUAACAGAUUUUUGCUUUCAAAAAAAUUUGUCAUGUCAGGGAUCAAGGGUGAGGAUAGUACAGAUGAUAACUUGAAAAGACAAGGUUCAUUCAGGAAACUUGUACCUCUAAGUAAUAAUGGAGAUUCUCCACUGAGUAUGUCUGUAAGAAUGAUAGAUAGGCCAAUCGUUUCGCAAACCAACAAACAACAUGCUAUUUUCUUACAAGAAUACAAUAUUCUUUCAGAAUACAAAAUGUUAUGCUCCCAAGACUUAAAGGGAAUUUAUGUAAUACCAUCUGCUUUAAAUUCUUUCUUUUGGUUUGGUGUACAGUUCAUUCGGCAAGGAAUCUACAAAGGCGGAGUAUUUAGAUUCAACAUCACAUUGCCUUCGAAUUUUCCACUUGGAGAUUGCCCUAAAGUUGUAUUUGAAACUCAAGUCUUCCAUCCGUUAAUAAAUCCUGAAAAUGGUGAAUUAUGCACAUCAUGGGGAUUUCCUGAAUGGAGAAGAAAUAACAGGAUAUGGCAAUUACUACAAUAUAUUACAAAAAUAUUUGUUAAUUUGGACACGAAGAUGACACCAAUAAAUCAGGAAGCAUCUACUUUACAAGAAAAAUAUUUCGAGACUUUCCGAGAACGUGUAAGAAUGUGCGUAAGAGAAAGUGUAAAUAAGGUAUUUAAUCCACCUAGCAUGGAUGAUCCGCAUUAUAUUACAUUCAGUCCAUAUGAGAGCGAACUGCACGAUCCUAUUAGACGAGAAAUUUAUGAACCAAAACAAAAUGAACAAGAAAAUAGACCACUAGGUUUAUCGUGGGUACAGCCUGGCUCUCUUCAGCCUUUUUCAAAACCAGAGACAAAUUAGAAAGAUGAAUUCUGUUUGAAAGUCACAGAAAGACUGAGGAGCUUGGAAUCGGACUCAAGAAGUAUCGUGGAUUAGGUUUGGGCAUACAAGUAAGGUGUAACAUGACAAUUAAAUAUCAGUCAGAGAAUUUCUGUUAGGAAACAAACCUUUUAAUUGAUACAAUUAUUUACAAAUGUUUUUAAUAUUUAAAGUUUAAAUGUUUGAUUUGUUAUGUUAAUUGUUUAAUUGUUCCGUGUGAUAAAUGUUUUUUUAAUUAAUGAAUUGAUUAAUUUCUGGUUGAUGUGAAUUGAAUGAGCGUUGUCUUUUUAAUCUAAGACUGAACUGAACUGUGGGCAGUCGCACCCGUUUUAUAGGCAGGUGGUGAGAUAUCCCCGCGCAAGUUCUCACCACCUUUUAGUAGAAGGGGAAAGAUGCUUUUCACGACAUGUGAGCAAUAAUCAAUGAUUAUAUUUUGAUACCUUAUUAUCAAUCCAUUGUUCAUUGAGCACCCAGAGAAUUUAUCGCAUUCCUGGUAGUAACAGGAGGUGCGCUUGAUCGAAUUGAAGAGAAGUUACGUCGGACGUAACAAUUUUGAAAUCUUGAAGAAGAAAGUUGAUUAUGUGUUAAACUUUGUAAUUUUAUUAUAUUAUUUAAUUAUAUAUUAUUUUAUUAUAUUAUUACGUGCAUGUAAAUUUAUGUCAUAAAUAUAUAAAAUAACAUUAUUAGAGAAACAUCGAACAAAAUGUUUCCAAAUUCUAAAACUAAGAACGUCUAAAGAUUGUACAAAAGCAGUUUUUUUUGGUAUUGUUAAAAUAUUUAUUUAUUUAUCUACUGGUACAAAUUCUUUUAAUUGUUCCGGACAAGGUCUUGUCCAUGAAUCAAGCAACAGUAUACUUUUUUCUCCAGUAUUUCGUAAAUAGAUUUCUUCAAAUCAGUUUUUGAAAUGUUGACUUGUAAGUUUUCCGGAUUUUGAAACCGCAAUGUGAACAUUAACAAGUUUAAAAAGAGAUUUUGUUACUCGUGGCCAAAAUUGUCCGCUAGAUUCUUUUAAUACUAUAUACAGAAGUGAAAGAAGAUGUCCAUCUGCAAAUAUAAUGGGCAUAAUGGUAUAGCUAUUACUCAUAGAAGAUAAAGAUUGAAUAGUAAAUUCAACUUUUUUUACUCCUACAUUAGUUAAUGUUCUGCCAAAAUGUAUUUUUAAAUUAAAACCACUUUCAUCUGCAUUAUAAAUUGAUCCUGCACCGAUUUCAUCUAUAUAUGAUUUAACUUGUCUUACAAAUUCUUCUGCAUUUUGACGUAUUGUUACAUCAAUUGUAUGAGAAGAUCGAGUUUUAAAAGUUGUUAUUUUACGUGAUAUAAUGUGAUGUGCUUUUUUAAAAUUCCAUAUCCACUAAUUUCCUGCUCUAAAUAAAGGAAGGUUUAUUUGCUCCUUUGCUUGCAAUAUCCAUUUUUGCAAAUCUAUGCCAGGAAUGAUAGAUCCUCUAGCAAGAGCUUUUUGAAAUUGCAUUAGUACAUAUUUGGCAAUAAAUAUAAUAUCAAUAUAAGUAAAUAUAAGUUUGUAACGGCCUUGCGUUACGUGCGGGAUAGUCUUA